UACAAGAUAACUUUUUUGUAGGAACGGUUACUCGAUCAAUUACUAGGGAUAUGUAGGUGAUCAGUAAGAUGAAUGGAAUGAAUCAGAACAAACUGUAUUUCUACCUGGUGGUUGGCAUAGUGAUAGGUUUCACAAUAGCAUAUGUUACAUUGACACCGACUACUACAUAUAAGUACAGUGACGACUAUCACAAUCACCCGAAAAACGUCAGGUUUCAUAAAUCACACCAGAACAAAAAAAAUAAUUCCGUAGAUCAUGACCAUGAAGACAAAUAUGAGGAUUAUCACAGAGAAAGUGAUAUGGAUAGUGUGUUAGGACCAAAAGAAGAAGUAGGCGCUCACAAUGAUAAUGAUACCUUUCAUAAAAUGACAAACACAGAUCUCGCUGAUGCUCUCUAUAAGGAAGUGAAAAUUUUGUGUUGGGUGAUGACUGGACCAGAAAAUCAUGACAAGAAAGCAAAACAUGUGAAAGCCACCUGGGGAAAACGCUGUAAUAUUCUAUUAUUCAUGAGCUCGCAAAAAGAUGAAACAUUACCCGCCAUUGCAUUGCCUGUGGGCGAGGGUAGGAACAACUUAUGGGCUAAAACGAAAGAAGCGUUCAAAUAUGUAUUUGAGAAUUAUUUUGAUGAAAUCGAGACGGACAUGUACGUCAUUUUGGAAAAUUUGAGGUACAUGCUGCUUGGUAUUGAUCCACAGAGGCCCAUUUACUUUGGAGCUAAAUUCAAGCCAUACGUCAAACAAGGUUAUAUGAGUGGGGGUGCAGGAUAUGUUCUCAGUAAGGAAGCAUUGAGAAAAUUUGUAGUUGAAGCCAUACCAAAUAGAGAAAUAUGCAGAGCAGACAAUGAAGGAGCUGAAGAUGUUGAAAUCGGGAAAUGUCUUGCAGCUGUUAAUGUAGAAGCUGGCGAUUCAAGGGAUCCGGAGAGCAGAGGAAGGUUUUUCGCUUUCACACCACUUCACCAUCUCAUUCCUGGACACGUUGAUAAAAGUUUUUGGUAUUGGCAAUACAUAUAUUAUAAUGAGUCCCAGGGUAUGGAAUGCUGCUCUGACAAUGCAGUAUCAUUUCAUUAUAUGUCACCAGAUAUGAUGUAUACAAUGGAAUAUCUUUUGUACCACCUCCGUCCAUUUGGAAUUGCUUAUGAUCCCAAACUACCACCUAAACUCUCUGAAAUUUUGAAAGACCACAGUAAAGAAAAUGAAGUCAAAGUGCCUGCGGAAACUCAAAAUGAAAUUAUUUCGCAUAUUUCAACACAUAAAUAAACUGUUGUUCAUCAA